GUAUGCGGAAGUGGAUAUUGGCUGUAAAGGGGCGAGAAACGCGCGAGCGACGCGUGCGGUCGCGGGGGUGAGGCGAUGGAGGAGGAGGAGGAGCACGAGGUCUAUGGAGGGGAGAUCCCCGACGAGGGCGACAUGGACGCAGACGUCGACAUGGCCAGGCCUGAUGAGGACGCCGCCAAGUUGCAGGAGCUGGACGAGAUGAAGAGGCGGCUCAAGGAGAUGGAGGAGGAGGCCGCCGCCCUCCGCGAGAUGCAGGCCAAGGUCGAGAAGGAGAUGGGCUCCGUCCAAGAUCCUGCUAGUGCAGCAGCGUCCCAAGCAAGCAAGGAGGAGGUUGAUUCUCGAUCUGUAUUUGUUGGCAAUGUGGAUUAUGCUUGCACACCCGAAGAAGUGCAGCAGCAUUUCCAGUCAUGUGGAACAGUCAACAGGGUUACUAUUCUGACAGACAAAUUUGGUCAGCCAAAAGGUUUUGCUUAUGUUGAAUUUCUAGAAGUUGAGGCUGUUCAAGAGGCUCUCCAGUUGAAUGAAUCUGAACUACAUGGGCGUCAAAUCAAAGUAGCAGCUAAACGGACUAAUGUCCCAGGAAUGAAGCAGUUUCGUCCAAGACGGUUCAGUCCAUACAUGGGAAACCCAUAUAGGAGGCCGUACAUGCCUCCAUACUUUGCUUCCCCUUACGGAUAUGGGAAGUUUCCAAGAUACAGAAGGCCGAUGCGGUUUAGGCCUUUCUGAGCAGUGGAGAGUCGGUUGCAAUUAGCUUUAUGUUGUCUGUAUCAAACAUUAUGGGACCAGUGCAAAUGUCUGUUGCAGUUCCGUUAUGAUAUUUUAUAGGUGCGAAUUCCUACCGGUAGACUUUAAUAGCAAGCCAAGGCCAUAGGAAUAAAUUUGCACUGUAUUAUUAUUGCAUACUUUUGCUGUUCUUGGCUGUGUCUUGCAACCGAUUAAUGUGUGUGGUAAUCAUUUUCUUUCUUAUGAUAUAAUUGCCUGCUGCAUGACUCA